CAAACUUGAUUUUCAUUAGUUUUCUUUCUUUCUUUUUUGAUUAAAUAAAUAAUUUUUGGAACCAAAACAACAACAACAACAAUAACAAAAAUGUCAUCAUCCGAAGAAGUAUCAUGGAUAACAUGGUUUUGUGGUCUACGUGGUAAUGAUUAUUUCUGUGAAGUUGAUGAAGAUUAUAUACAUGAUAAAUUUAAUUUAACUGGUUUAUCUGAAUCGGUUCCACAUUAUCGUCAAGCAUUGGAUAUGAUUCUUGAUUUAGAACCAGAUGAUGAGAUUGAAGAUAAUCCUAAUCAGGCUGAUCUAAUAGAACAAGCAGCCGAAAUGUUAUAUGGAUUGAUUCAUGCUCGUUUUAUUCUAACUAAUCGUGGUAUAGCACAAAUGAUUGAAAAAUAUCAGAAUGGUGAUUUUGGUUUCUGUCCAAGACAAUUUUGUGAAAAUCAACCAAUGUUACCGAUAGGUUUAUCCGAUAUACCAGGCGAAUUAAUGGUGAAACUUUAUUGUCCAAAAUGUAUGGAUAUUUAUAAUCCAAAAUCAUCAAGAUUUCAUCAUACAGAUGGUGCCUAUUUUGGUACCGGUUUUCCACAUAUGUUAUUUAUGGUACAUCCAGAAUUACGACCAAAAGCACCAACUGGACAAUUUGUACCACGUUUAUAUGGUUUUAAAAUACAUCCAAUGGCUUAUCAAUUACAGAAAGAAGCAGCCGAACGUAUAUCACCAAAAACAUAUUAUCGUAAUCAAAGUGGUGGUGGUAAUAUUAAUUAAAUUUGAAUUCGAAUCCAAUUUCAAUACAUCAUAAAUUAUGUUUUAGUUUUAGAUAAUAAUAAUAGGUCAAUACUAUAGUAUGUAUAUCAAAGUGUAUGCCAUCAAAUU